AUGCCUUCAUGGGAGGGCGAUAUCUCUCUUGCAGACCAACAUCGGCUACGCGGUAAGUAUUGUCAAGGGUACUGUCAUCGCACGACCCGAGAUUGUUUCGUUACCUAGCUCGAGAACAACUCAAUACCUCUAUUAAGAAGCAUUAGACGGCAUCAGAACUCUGACAUCCAAUCGUAGCGAUGGAGCGAAUGGCACUGAUGGGUUGAACAGGUAUCUGUCUCUCAGCACCAGGCUCUGACAAGCCAUCCAUCCAUACAGGAUGCUCUCUUCGCUUCCUCUCGAUCGUCGAGACAGCCCGGAUACCGCUUCAUCUUGGAGUCAGCAAACCCUAUACCGUAACAACAGCAUGCGAGGAUACGGAGCACUGGUUCUCGAGCGUACUUCUUGGCAAUCUUAGCCAGGACAGCCAGGAAAGCUGGUGGCAGAGCGUGCAGACAGACUCGCCAAUCGGCAUAUUGGUUGCCGUGGAAGGCAUUGUCGCUACUACUACUUCCAUUCUCGACAAGCAGCCUAGAGUUACCGAGCUGCUUUUCUUCGCAGCCAAAGGUACAAGCGCAGAUGACGGACGACCGCCCACGCCACCUCAGUCAUCGCCAGUAGAAUCGCAAGGUGUGGACGAAAUAUCUUCACCGGAAAUCAGAGUCUUCGCCCUUCCACUGUCUUCGGAGCUGCUCAAUAAUGAAACCUCCAAGGCCACGCCGCCUCCGUCACCAAAGGUUAUCGACGAGCAUGUGGAAGCGAAACUCUUAAAUCCAGCCAAAAAUCAGACUAUAGAAGCGGCGGAUGCCAUCAAUGAGUUGCCGGUCAGGAAACGCCGCAAUCUGAACGAUACUUUCGAUGAGGCUGCCGAACGGAGACGCAAGGCAAGGCAAAAGGGUGGUCAGGCCGUUGCUGCAGCUGCCGCGGUGCCAAUCAAGGUCGAAGACUCAAUGUCGACGCUCAAACAUCGACGAUCAGUCAGCAGUACUCACGUACCCCUGCAGAACCGUCCACUCUCUCGCUCUUCUAGCAUAGCUUCGACAAGACCAGCGUUGGCUCGCGAGCCGUCUGUCAAGCCAUCAUCGCUCUCUCACAUUCAGAACGCUGAGACCGUUGCCGGAUCUCCGCAGCAGGCCUCCAUUGAGAAGAAGAACAAAGAUCUUGUUGGCAAAAUGGUGAUGGCGGGACUGCGCUUGCUGGGAAUGCAUCGCAGUAAGGCCCGCAAGUCGCGUGCUAAUUCUCUUGCAGCUUCUCCUGCCCUGGAUCAGAGCUUCGAAGACAAAGACGUGGAUCGAAGGAACGAUGACGAGUAUAUGCUCAUCUACAAUCAGGCCUACAAAGGUACAUGCUGUGCUUUCAGGCAAUACAUGACCACGACGUCUCUGCAAGGGCAAGAGACUGCUUUGCGCGACACAGUCGACAGACUUCUUGCGAUCUUCUGUAACGACCCCAUUACGAUCGAAACCAAAGCUAUGGAGGACGAAUAUACGCCAGGCGGAAGAAGACCUUUCGGAUCCUCAGCUUUGCAGACUGCAGAGAAUGCAAACCCUUUUCUACAGGCAGCGGUGGCCGCGAAAGGGAGCCAAGCAAAUACCCCAUGCGUAAAGAAGCCCAAGGAGAACCAUCUGGCAGUCGAUGCGAUCUGA